UCGCAACAUCCCUACUGAUAGCUCGACAGGGGACAAAUAAGUAAGGUUAUCAGGGUUAGGUUGAACAUAAACAUAAAUUAAUUUUGUUUUGAUUAUAAUUUAUUCUAAGAAUUUUGAAUACAAAAAUUAUAACCUAUAUUCUGAAUGUCUUUAUUUAACAGGAAAACUCUCCAUGAAUUUGCAUUAAAUAUUAAAAAAAUUACCAAGAGUAGAUUUGUUAGAUUUGGAAUUCCCUUUCUUACUUUGGUGGUUGGAGGCUCAUUUGGAUUGAGGAAUUUCACAAGCCUGAGGUAUGAAUAUUCAAAUAAAUCCAUGGCUGCCCGUGAAGAAAUUAUUAAAAGAGGAAUAGAAAUGAAAAAACAAGGAGAAGUCACCUUGGAAGCUGAGUACGAGAAAGUUAAAGAUCUUGACAUUGACAACUGGACCAACAUCAGAGGGCCUCGGCCAUGGGAGGAGCAGAAGAAACAGUAGCCUAGUGCUCAAUAUUAAAAGGUCAUUUGUAAACUACAGUAGUAAAAUAAAAAUAAAUAUUCAUUUUACAUCUUGAGAAGAUGAAAAAAUAUGUUUGAUUCAGACAUACAGGAAGAUGGAGAUUUGACUUGUGAACCUAAACCGAAGAAGAAAAAGCUAACGAAACCACAAGACUCAGAAGUUAUUCACUCAUCUCUUGGUUAUAGUUCAUUUAAAGUGCCACCUCUUGUAGAAUACAAGUCAAUAGAUGGCUAUUGUGAAACUAAGCCAGGAAUAUCUCUGUCAGUAUCUUCCGACAGUGCUAUCAAUGCGCCUUCUACUUCUGGUCUUAAUAAUUUACAAAGCAUUAGCAGCCCAGUAGUUUUUAAAAGUCCAAAGACACUAGCAAUAAAAAGAGUGCCCCACUCUUCUGAGUCGAAACCUUUUAUGUUCUUCUCUGUUGAAGAUUUGUCACUGGUGAAAAGUUUAAAGCAUUGGACCAAUACUAAAGUGUGUCCUGUCGGUCUUGUGAUGUAUAACUGCACAGACCAACAAUGUUAUUUGCAGAGUGUUAUGGAGAAGGGGCAGUGGAGUAUAUUGUUGGACACUUCAUUGUUACUGGAAAUCCCAAAUCUCGAAACACUACUGCAAAUCUUCGGUACGUUAGAAGUUAUCAAUGGAUUAUCCAGAGUCAAGGUGAACUUUUACAGGAACCUCGGAUCUGUUGAUUUACCCUUGUUUGUUGAGUCGUACAAGCUGAUGCAAAAAUAUGUACCUGAUUUUGUUGAGACUAUUGAGUGUGAGAAAGAAGCCAACUUGGACAAUUCAGAAUUUAUAGAAACCACCAGUGAAAUCAAAUUAAAUGACACCUUGGAUGAUUAUAGUUUCUCUAACAUCUUAUAGAGAAAUUGUAUCUAUGUAAAUCUCAAAAGCUGUGUUGAAUGGCAAAUUAAAUACUUAUUAUUUUAUUCUUUUCCACACAAUGUUUUAAGUUUCUUAAUGGCAGUGAAUUCUGAAAGUCAUAAUCUUAGAGCGAUACUUUUGUCAAGAUCAAUCCAACUAAAUUUGACUUAAGUCACAUAGAGUCAAAUUUAAUCUUCUGGAUGUGAUUUGUGGUAGUACCAAAUGUAUUUUUAUAUUGUCAUUGUAAAUAAACAUGUUAUCAAAUA